AUGGUCAAUGAUGCUUGGUUGGAGGUCAUGCCAGUGAGCACUCUUAAUCACCUGGCCUCUACAGGUUCUGAUCACUGUCCUCUCCUGCUGAAAUGUACUGAAAGACAAAGUCAUGCUAUCAAAUAUUUCAAGUUCUUACACUGUUGGGUUGAUAAUGAAAACUUUCUUGAUACUGUAAGAUCUUGCUGGGAAAGACCUGUGGAUGGAAAUCCAAUGAGGAUCUUCCAUCAAAAACUGAAAAGGGUGUCUAAUACCCUUAGCCACUGGUCUAGAAAUCAAUAUGGAGAUAUAUUUUCUUCAGUCAAACAGUUUGAGGAACAGGUGAUACAAGCUGAAGAGAAUAUCAUCAAUGAUAAUUCUGAGGAUAACAGAGCCAAGCUAAAUCAGAUAAAUGCCCAGUACAUCAGAAGGAGAAGAAGAAGGUUGUUCAUCCAUCAGAUCAGUGAUGAACAAGGAAACUCUAUCCAAGGUGAUGACAAUAUUGCAAGUGCAGCUUGUACACACUUUGAGAAACUCUUUACUGCUGAGGAGAAACAUAUCAAUGAAGAUGUGAUUAAAUGCAUCCUAAAUAUAGUUACUGAUCAGCAGAAUGAAUUACUACAUUCCAUACCUACAAAGGAAGAGUUAAAGGAGGUAGUAUUCUCUAUGAGUCCUACUUCAGCUGCAGGGCCAGAUGGCAUGAGUGGCAAGUUCUUCUGGGAUAUCAUUUGUGAUGAUUUGCUGAAGCUAGUGCAACACUUCUUCAAUGGUCACUGUAUUCCCAGAUACAUAUCACAUGCUUGUUUGGUUCUACUCCCUAAAAUUGAACACCCAAACAAACUGUCAAAGUACAGGCCCAUCUCCCUCAGCAAUUUCACUAGCAAGAUCAUAUCCAAACUACUUUGUCUCAGACUUGCUCCCAUUCUACCUCAGCUCAUUUCAGACAACCAGUCAGGAUUUGUUAAAGGUAGGAGCAUAUCAGAGAAUAUAAUGCUGGCUCAGGAAAUUAUUCACAACAUUAAGAGGCCCAAUAUAGGGGACAAUGUAGUGAUCAAGUUGGAUAUGGCUAAUGCAUAUGACAGGGUCUCUUGGUCCUUCACUUGUAUGGUUAUGAGAAGGAUGGGAUUUGGAGAAAUCUUUAUUGAUAUGGUGUGUUGGGUCAUGUCCAACAAUUGGUACUCAGUCAUCAUCAAUGGGGUAAGGCAUGGCUUUUUUCAUUCCACAAGAGGUCUCAAGCAAGGAGACCCCUUGUCACCUACAUUAUUCAUUAUAGGAGCUGAAGUUUUAUCCAGGAUACUGAAUAAUCUUCACCAACAUUACCUAUAUACUAGAUUCCAUAUGGAAAGAAAAGGCCCCCAAGUGAACCACUUGAGCUUUGCAGAUGAUGUGAUCAUCUUCAUAGCUACCAACAACUUUUCCAUGAAUCUUAAUACCAAGACUUUGAAGGCUUAUGAAACUACUUCAGGACAGCUAAUCAAUAAGGACAAGAGCCAGUUCAUGCUUCCUCUUAAUACCAAUCCAGAUGUUAUUGAAAGGAUAGGUAGUAUCACAGGCUUUAAGUGUACACAUGGUCCCAUUACUUACCUGGGUUGUCCACUCUACAUUGGAAGGCAGAGAAUCAUUUACUAUACAAGUAUGGUGUCCAAAGUUCUAAGCAAAAUCAGAGGAUGGUCUAAAAAGACUUUAUGGGGAGAAUUUCUGAAGGCUAAGUACUGUCAGAGGGCUCAUCCUGUGAUAAAAAAAUGGGACACAGGUCAGUCUAUUAUGUGGAAGCACAUAAUGGCUAAUAAAAUUGAUAUUGAGCCACAUAUACACUGGCAUAUCAACUCAGGUACAAACAGCUUCUGGUGGGAUGAUUGGCUGGGUAGUGGCCCCUUAGCUUAUCAUAACAACCAUCUACCUAGACUCAACAAUACUAGAGUAUCUGAAUAUAUUGAGAAUGGGGAGUGGAAUGUGCAGAAAAUCAGAAAAUAUGCCCCUUCUCAGCUGGUGCAACAGAUACUAGACACUGAGAUAGACUAUCACCCUAACACAGCUGAUCAAGCCUGCUGGAAGUUGACUUCACAUGGCAACUUCACUUCUAAAUCAGCCUGGGAACUAGUUAGGAAGAAAAGAGCCAAGACCCUGACUGAUGGGUGCACUUGGCACACUAACAUUCCCUUCAAACUGAGUUUGGAGUUCCUUCACCAGCAUCUCAACAACAUCACUUGCAUAUACCACAAUACAGCAGCAACAGUGACUGCAACUGAUCAACAGCAGCAGCCAAUCAGCAACAGCAACAGAGACCAGAAGCAACCAGCAACCUUCAACAAAUACACCAUGCUACACCAAAAUGACUCCAAAUUAUACAAGAUUGCAGUGGAUGGAGAUACAUUAAAGCACGUAAAAGUUGGGGACAUAAGUCUUGGAGUUGACAGGAACUCCAUUCAAAGAGGCAUAGCAAUACAACUCUGGAUUCAACAAUGGGCUGCUUGGUUUGUUACCUUGUCAGCAGCAACUAAAAUACAGAGAGGCAACAGGCUGGAUUCACUGCAAGUUACAGCACUAUUGGAGGCCCUUGUUUGUUUAUUUGCUUGUGCAGGUACACUAAGGAGCUGCAACACAAAAGUUGAAGUUACUCUUGGACCUCGUGCACUACAAACACAUAAUCAAGAAACCAACAAGAUAGCUGUGAUGGAUACAGAACCUCAGCAAUAA